AUGCCUGUGCUCAUCCACUGCUGGCUUGCUGACCCUGAGCAGACAACAUUUACCGUGAUGGCACCACCAACCUUCCCACGGAUCUUCGCGAAGAAUGGGAAGCAAACUACUUGUCAAAAGGAGUUGGAGGCUUUGGGUUUAGUCGCUCUCUACUGGCUCAGGAGGGACCGAAUUGUGAUUCGCACAAUGCUGUGUUUUGGAUCUUUGUUGAUGUCCUUCGCCAUCUUGACUCUUAGUUUUGAUGAGACCAGCUUGGGGGGCUCCAUCACAGCCUUGGGUCUCGACUGCGCCUGUUCUCUCAGUAUGUGGUUCUUCUGUUGCGGCCACGUCUUGAGCUACGGGGCUAUGGUCAGCAAAAAAAGGCGUCUUGACAGUGUCAUGCGGUUCAGGAAAGGCAACAGCAUGUCCACGAACAAGGCAUUGUACCCGGUUAUGGCAAUGAUAACUGUCACGGUCUUAGUCCUGAUUGCUUGGAGUGCCGUUGAUCCAUGGACAUGGGACAGAGAAGUGAUUAUGUUCAACCCAUACGAGACAUACGGAAGCUGCCAAUCGGAGCACUUUUGGGCUUUCUUUGGUCUUCUCAUGGCCAUGCUCGUUUUGACUGAGGGACUGGCCCUCUUUUUUGUUUGGAAAACAGCUGAUGUCAACGAGGAGUUCGCUGACACUCAGACGACCAUCUGCGCCAUGUUCGCUCAGCUUCAAGCCUGGCUGAUUGGAAUUCCUAUCCUAGUUGUCCUGAACAAUGGGACAACGCUGACGCUGUCUACUUGGGAAGAUCGUUGCUGA